AGUCUGUGGGGGAUAGAUUGUCUCUCAACCACUUCCGGGGCGGGGGGAAGCCUCGCACACCAUAGAGAGCAGUGGGUGCGGAGGGUAGAGCGUCCUUCGCAACACUGGGCUGGCUGGGGCAAGUGUCAGCUGGGCCCGUGGGAGCAGGAAGCUCCGGGGCCUCAGAGCCCUGAGGGCGGCAGGGCCUUAGUGGGGGGAGGAGAAGGAAGACGCUCAGGGCCCCGCUGGUGUCUGGGGCAGGGAGGGGUUCAGUAGGGGGGGCUCAGGUUCAGUGGGGGGUGUUCAGGACGCUGGAGGGGGGCUCAGGGUAGGGCUGGGGGCCCAGGGCAGGAGGCUCAGGACCCCAGGGGGAAGGUGAGGGUGGGGGCUGCAGGCUCUGCUGGUGUAGAGGGUCCAUGGCGGCGGCUGGGGAAGGUGGCUCCAUGGGGGGUGGGCGGCCCAACGCGGUGGAGACACUGCAGGAAGAGGCCGUCUGUGCCAUCUGCCUUGACUACUUCACUGACCCUGUUUCCAUUGGCUGCGGCCACAACUUUUGCCGUGUCUGCAUCACUCAGCUCUGGGGAGGUGAGGAAGAGGGUGAGGGCCAGGCUGAGUACGAGGCCGUGGGGGACAAUGUGGGGAUGGGUGGUGAGGAGGACGACGUGGAUGAGUUGGACGAUGACGACAACAUAGAGUACAACGAGGAGGAAGAGGAGGGGGAUGGGGAUGGGGAUGAUCUGGCCGAGGAGGAAGAUGAUAUGUGGAGUGAGGAAGAUGAGGACACUGACCUGUGGGAUGACCCAGGGGAGGAUGACAUGUGGGAGGAUGAGGUAGGAGAUGAGCUCUUCUUCGAGGACGAUUACGAUGAGGAGGUGAUGGAGGAAGAGGACGUGGAGGAGGAGGAAGAAGAGCCGCUGCCACCGCCUCCUCCAGCAGCAGUGGCCACGCGACCUCGACACCCCCCAACCUUCACCUGUCCCCAGUGCCGCAAGACCUUUCCCCAGAGGAACUUCCGGCCCAACCUCCAGCUGGCCAAUAUGGUGCACAUCAUCCGACAGAUGCACCCACACCCUCAGAAGCUCGCGUCACCGGCCGCUGGGACCUCGGCAUCUGGGAGGUCUGGGAGUGUGGCAGGAGUGGCAGGGGGGUUGGAGAAAAGAGCCCUGUGUGAGAAACACCAGGAACCCCUCAAGCUCUUCUGUGAGGUGGACGAGCAGGCCAUAUGUGUGGUGUGCCGGGAGUCCCGGAGUCACAAGCACCACAGCGUUGUCCCGCUGGAGGAGGUUGUGCAGGAUUACAAGAUGAAACUCCAGGGCCACCUGGAUCCGCUGAAGAAGAAGCUGGAUGCGGUUCUGAAACAGAAAUCAAGCGAAGAGGAGAAAAUUACUGAGCUGAAGAACAAGAUGAAGCUGGAGAUCAAGGAGUUUGAGUCGGACUUCGAGCUGCUGCACCAGUUCCUGAUCGGGGAGCAGGUGCUGCUGCUGCACCAGCUGGAGGAGCGCUACGAGGCGCUGCUGGCCCGCCAGAGCAGCAACAUCAGCCAGCUGGAGGAGCAGGGCGCCACCCUCGGGCGCCUCAUUGCUGAGGCUGAGGACAAGAGCAGGCAGGAUGGGCUGCAGCUGCUCAAGGACAUCAAAGACACCUUCAUCAGGUGCGAAAGCGUCAAAUUCCAGGAGCCGGAGACGGUACCGGUAGACGUGGGGAAGAAAUACCGCAAUUACUUCCUGCAGGACGUGGUGAUGAGGAAGAUGGAGAAGGUCUUCAGGAAAGUCCCUCAAGCUGACGUGACCCUGGACCCCGACACGGCCCAUCCCCACCUGAGCUUGUCUCUGGAUCGCCGGAGCGUGAAGCUGGGUGAACGUCGCCAGGACCUACCCGACAACCCCAAGCGCUUCGACUCCGACUACUGCGUGCUGGGCUCUCAGGGCUUCAGCACAGGGCGCCACUACUGGGAGGUGGAGGUGGGGGGCCGGCGGGGCUGGGCGGUGGGGGCGGCCCGGGAGACGGCCCGGCGGAAGGAGAAAACGGGCGGCCCCUACCAGAAGCGGGAGAUCUGGUGCGUGGGCGCCAACGGGAAGAAGUACCAGGCACUGACGGCCACGGAGCAGACAGCGCUGCCCCCCGGGGAGAAGCUCCGGCGCUUUGGGGUCUACCUGGACUACGAGCGGGGACAGCUGUGCUUCUACAACGCCGAGAACAUGGCCCACAUCCACACCUUCAAUGCCACCUUCCGUGAGCGCAUCUUCCCCUUCUUCCGCAUCCUGGCCAAGGGCACACGCAUCAAGAUCUGCACCUGACCCGCUUCCCCUCUACCUCGGGCCUCCUCCCC